CCCCGAUCAAAUCAUCGACCAUUGAGCCUUGCAGCGGACCCGCAUGCUGACACCACUUGAGCAUGCUGAAUGCCAAUCGUCCUGGGAGGUUUCAAAGCAUUCCCAGGAGCCCCUUUGGUGCGCUUCGGGCAGCUGUGCGACCACCAUCGCGUGGAGGCACGGAAGGCUCUGCUUGCUCCACUCCGCGCAGAGCUGGAGGCGACGCGAAGGAGACGCGAAGUUACUCGCAGCUCCACCUGCGUCGCCCUCGAAGAGAACUUCCUCAGAAGUUUUCAGGUCCUGGCCCACGUGCGGAAGCCAUUGAACGCUUAAGAGCAGAGAUCUUUCCCGCAGCUUGGGAUGAACUGGGUGUCAUGGAGGCGGCCACAGCGCCAGAGGAGGCGGAACUGGAAUUGCUUCGACUUCGGCGGCGCUUGGCCACGACCCGACGGGAAUCCACAGCUGUUCGGCAGACGCUGCAUGAGGCGCUCCGAAGCAACGUGGAAAGUGCCAAACUGUGGAGCGCGAAUCGGGAACGUGUGGGAGACUUGUUGGAGGAGGAGCAAGCGAUUGAGGCAGUCUUGGAGGUGCACGAGUCGCGGCUGGUACGGAAUCUUCCCAGCGUUGGCUUGGAAGAGGAGGUGGAGGCCCUCCGUGAGGAGGUGGCUGAACAGGCCGAAGAUGUGCGAGUUCAGGCGGAAAAGCAAAUCCUGAAGAGCCGAAACUUGAAGAUCUUCAAAGCUUUGGCCAAGCUUCAGAAAGCUCGGCUGCGUGCCAAUGCUGCUGUAGCAGAAGCCAAAGGAUAUGCUAAAGACUUCGAGAUGAAGACUUCUCAACUCAAAGAAGCUGAGGAAUCCACAUGCGCCUUGCGUUUCAAAGCAACGAGCUUGAAAGAGGAGGUGGCACAGGCCAAAGCGGAGGCAGCAGGAAGCAACAAGCUUCCCAACCAGCUACUGCAGGUCCUCCAAAGCGAACUGAAGGCAGAGGAGCAGCGCUCGAAGAUUUGGCACAUGAUCGAUACAUCCCGCGAGAAGUCACAGGUGGCAAUUCGAGCCCAAAUGGAUCAGCUCUCCGAAAGCUUGAAGGCAGUGCAGGACUUGUCAGGGACCACUGCUGCAGAGCUUCAGGAUGCAGAGUCCAUGGCAGCCAGGGCGACCAGCAGGUUGAAGGCCGCGCAGAAGAGAGCUGCCCUGCUUGCAGCAGAGGCACGGCAUUUGGCCGCAUCCCAAGACUCCUUGGAGGCCGAGCUGCAGCGCCAGCGUGAUGCCACGAAAGCAUGGCAAAGCUGUGGGCAGAGCCCUUCCAGAUGGCAACAAGCCGAUGAGGCAUCCGAGACUUGCCGCUUGCUCGCCUGGAGAAAGAUGGUGCACUGUAACAGCUUACUGCUGCACUCGAUCCAACACUGCAAGAGCCAGUUCCUCCAGGGCAGUGCGCGCCUUAGAGCCCUGGUCUUCGCGGGCGACAAGAUUGGAUGGAUGAGCCCUGAAACGGGCUCCGGGGAUCACUUGCUGAAGCCGGUGAACCUGCUCAGCAGAAAGGUAGUGGACAUGCACAAGCAGACCUUGCGCUCAUCGGGCUCAGGUGUGCGCAAGUCCUAUCAGCAAGGUGGCAACAAUCCAUGGGAGGCCGGUGCAACCUACCGGAUGUUGGAGAAGACCCCCUUGCGGAGCGGCUCAGACCUGAAGAGCUCCGAAGUGGGCAAGGCCGGGUAG